UGUUCAUAACUUAAUUCGGGAGGGUUUGUAGGGAUAUAUUGAGAGUUAUUAUAUUUUGCCCAAAAGUUUGCUAUGCGUUGAGUAUUUUUUUUAUUGGUAACUACUAGCUCAUGAAUGAUCAAUUUAAAAAUUAAAAAAAAAUCUUUAUUAGAUAAGACGUUGUGAACUUUUUCCGAGUGUACGUACGACUGAGCUAAGAAGAGCGCGGUCGUGAUAAGGAGUACAAGCACCAUUGAAAUCCAAUAUCAAUGCGAAAUUUACACAGUGCUGGGAACCUUCAGCGCUGAGGCCCAGCUCUUUUUAGUUGCUGUGUCUGUUUAGAUUCGAUCUGAAGACCGUAGACCGUAGCACUGGCACCACCAACACUACCACCGCCCAAGAGGCAAAAGACUGCAGUGUCUUGCCCCUGCAGCGCACUACUGGUAAUCGUUUCGAUCACCGAAGUGCAGCCCCGUCGAAGCAGGCACCGUCACCAACGAGUCACAUUCGUCGCGAUUCAAACAAAACGUCAGCGCGGCCCAGAGCGGCUCAUAGACAUCGAACGGAGUGCGAUCGUAGCGGUUCGUUCGUUGUUCGCGGCUCGCGAUUGGCAAGUCUCGCAGGGUUUCGGAAAUUUGGCAAGGGUCGAGCGCUCGGACGGCAAGAACACAUCCUUGCCCGGGUAAUCUCUUCGCGAAUAUUAAAUCCGGGACAAAAUAAAAGAAAAGCCAAAGGUGGCCAGACCAUGUGCUGUUGAGAGCGGAAUGUGCCUUUAUCAAAAUCUCGACGAACGAGUAAGUGCGCAAUUUGUGAACAGAGCCGAAAAUAAAUAAUUGUGAAUGGGCGAGAACGGGGCGUAAAACUUGACUGAUAUCCGCCGAGUCGGAAACUCGGAACCGGAGACCUAAGGGGCAAGUGAGUGAACCCCGAUAACGGCCAGCCCAAGAUGAACACCUUCAAGCGCGGAUUCUUCUGCUCGGACCUGAGUAUACGUUACCCGUAUCGGGAGUGCACCAUCACGGUGCCAAUGCUGCUGCUGAUGAUGCUCCUGCUGCCGAUGCUGUUCCUGGCCGUGGCGGAGAUCAUGCGCAUCUGCAAGCGGUUCCGCACACGGCUAUACCUGCGCAACCUGUGGCGCGCCGAGGCUACCUUCAGCUUCGGCUUCAUCGCAACCUACCUGACCACGGAGCUAGCCAAGCAUGCUGUGGGGCGACUACGGCCCCACUUCUUCCACGCCUGCCAACCGCGCCUGGAUGACGGCAGCAGCUGCGCGGACGUACAAAACGCGGACCUGUACGUGGAGCAGUUCCACUGCUCCAACCGCGACCUCUCCGCUCUCCAGAUCCGGGAGCUGCACGUCAGCUUCCCCAGCGCCCACAGCAGCCUCAGCUUUUACUCGAUGUUCCUGCUGGCCCUGUAUGUGGACGGGGCAUGGCGCGGCCGUGGUGGAGUGCGAGUGCUUCGCCACCUGCUCCAGUUCGUGCUUUUGAUGGUAGCGCUAUGCGUGUCCCUCAGCCGGGUAGCCGACUACUGGCACCAUUGGAGCGACGUCUUGGCUGGCGCCCUGCUGGGUCUAGCUUACGCCACCAUCACGGCCGUUUACGUGGGCGACCUGCUUCGCCGCCGGCACCGCCCAAGGCAGUCGGCCCUCGGCUACAGCCACCACCUUCACCACCACCACCACCAACUAAUGGCGGACAAGAACGCUGGCGCCAAGGUGCACUUCCUGGGAGCAAACGCCGCCUCGAUGACAACCAGCACUCCUCUGGAUGAUCUGCAUAGCCGGGACUCGGACCCGGAGGACUCCAACGAGUCUGACCAUUCCCACGACUGCCACGACUCCCGGGACUCUUGUGAUGGGGAUGAGGACGACGACGACGUCGACAUGUACAAACCGCCCGCUUCCCGGCCACCUUCCCAGAGCGAUCUCUCCCACGUCGUGUGAGACAGCUGGAAUAAUGGCUCAGGCGGGAUCGACUGAGAGGCUUAUCGGCCUGCCGGCUGCUAUUUCGACUAUUUUUCCAUUUAGAAAUCGAAGCAAACUGAAAAAUGAGAUAAGCGUGAGGCAAAUUCCCUACCUGGUACUGGUCACCCCUCCCCUCCCGGGCCGAUUUACGAAAUGUAAUGCGAGAAGUUGUGCAACGUCCGCGGCUGAGUUGGAUCGCUUGGACGCCGAAACAGUGGGCUAAUCAUGGAAUCCGUCUUCGGAAAGCGU